ACAAUUUUGAGAAAAUGUUGUUUGAUGAAGUCAGCAAGCAUCAUUAUAAAUCUCUGAGAGAAAUCUAUGACGAUAUUAGUGCAUUACAUCCUUCCAGUGCGAUUCAAAGAAGUUGGGCAUCAAUGGAACUACGAAUGCGCAUGUGGAAGAAGCAAACACUGCCAAAAAAUCCUCGUUCGCUUCGACAAUAUUUGAAUAUUUUGCGUGAACCAAGAUGGUCAUUCUACACAGAAUUUCAAAAUGUAGAUGGUAGUUUACAUGUAGCAACAUUGAGAGCUCAAGAUGGAUCAUAUGUAACAGUGUACGGCAAUAUAGAAAUGUUAACAUUAAUGAGUAAUGUGAUUGAGUUAUUCAUAGACGCAACAUUCAAAGUAGUACCAAGUAACCCAAAAGUUCUCCAGCUACUAACAAUUAUGGCCUUAAUUCAAGACACAGUAAUUCCAAUUUUUUGGUGUCUAAUGGAAAAGAAGACAUUGUCAGCUUAUUUUACUGCUCUAAACUAUUUCUCAUCAGUUAUGGCACCUCAAAUGAAUCCUUUAAUUAUCAUGUCAGACUUCGAAGUGGCUGUUUCUCAGGCUGUACGUUAUAUAUGUAUACCCAAAUGCCUUGCAUCGACAUUGUUAUUUCCAUUAUUGUCAAGCUAUAGUAAAGGCAUUUGGAAAAUUGAGAUUACUUCGUAUAUUCAGACGAUGGAGAUUGGACGGCAAUGGAUACAACGGACCCGUCCUGAAAAUUUUAGCGUCUAUGGUGCAAAUAACAGAACAAAUAACUUUUGUGAAUCCCAUUAUCGAAUAUUAAAUAAAAGAUUUGUACGUCAUCCAUCUAUUUGGAAAUUCACUGAUCAUUUAAAAAGAUGGCUGAAAGUGCUUUGUUAGAAUAUAGAUCAUUAUUAAGGGGACACCGUGUAACGCGUAAUACUCGU